GCUUUUGUGACAGGAAUUCUUUUUGGUGAGAGAAGGAUGGGGAAGCUCUUAAACAAUAUUGGAGUGUUCGGCAUUUUACUAGUUACGCUAGUGAUGGUGGUGGGAAUAGCGGAAGGAAGGAGGAUAGAGGAAGACAGCCUGCAUCAUGGUGGUGGUGGUUUAGGAGGUGGCGGAGGUGCUGGGGGAGGGUUCGGUAAGGGUGGUGGGGUUGGCAUUGGUUCUGGUGGUGGCGCCGGAGGUGGUGCUGGUGGAGGGUUCGGUGGAGGUGCAGGAGGUGGUGCCGGCGGAGGAUUUGGUAAAGGUGGUGGUCUAGGAGGAGGUAGUGGUGGUGGUGCUGGUGGAGGGUUCGGUGGAGGUGCAGGAGGUGGUGCCGGCGGAGGAUUUGGUAAAGGUGGUGGUCUAGGAGGAGGUAGUGGUGGUGGUGCUGGAGGUGGAGGUGGUGCCGGCGGAGGUUUUGGUAAAGGUGGUGGUUCUGGUGGUGGUGCAGGCGGAGGAAUUGGAGGUGGUGCAGGAGGAGGUAAAGGGGGAGGUGGAGGAAUUGGAGGAGGUUCUGAUAAUGCUGAUGCUAGUGGUUUUGCUAAACUUUUUGUUGGAUCUGUUCCGAGGACAGCUACUGAAGAAGAUAUUCGUCCCUUAUUUGCGGAGCAUGGAAAUCUCAUUGAGGUUGCUUUGAUCAAGGACAGGAGAACUGGCCAGCAACAAGGAUGUUGUUUCAUCAAAUAUGCAACUUCAGAGGAAGCUGACAGGGCCAUUAGAGCUUUGCACAAUCAAUAUACUUUGCCUGGGGGAAUUGGUCCCAUUCAAGUUAGAUAUGCUGAUGGUGAGCGGGAACGUCUUGGUGCAGCUGAGUACAAGUUGUUUGUUGGUUCCCUGAACAGACAAGCUACAGAAAAGGAAGUUGAAGAAAUCUUUUCGCCUUAUGGUCGUGUGGAAGAUGUCUACAUUAUGCACGAUGAAAAGAAACAAAGUCGUGGGUGUGGAUUCGUUAAAUUUUCUCAUAGAGAUAUGGCAUCAGCAGCUAUCAAUGGUCUUAAUGGAAUCUAUGUGAUGAGAGGUUGUGAUCAGCCAUUAACUGUUCGUUUUGCUGACCCAAAGAGGCCUAGGGCUGGAGAAUCAAGGAGUGGUCCUACAUUUGGAGGUCCUGGUUUUGGCCCCCGGUCUCAGGGACAGUUGGGAGUUAGGCCUGGACCCAAUCUUGGUGAGCUAAUUGGUGGGCGUAUCCCUCCUGAUGCUUGGCAUCCAAUGAGUCCACGGAACUUGGGACCAUCUUCUCAAACUAGUCCUCAUGGUUUUGGGAGUCCUUCAGUUGCUAGGGGUGGUGUUAUGCCUAUGCCUUCAACCACGGCUGGCCCUUUGGGAAACUUUGGUGGUCCUGCUAAUGGUUCUCUUCCAGGUCUUUCAGUUCUACCACCUUCAACUUCUUCUCAACAGAGUUUUAACCCAUCUAUGUCACAAGUCCAAUCUGUUGGUCAGCAAAUAUCUCCGUUGCAGAAGCCGCUGCAGUCACCCCAUCAUUUGCCAUCUUCACUCCAGCUACACCCUCAACAAACUCCUACACCUUACUCACGGGCACAAACUUCCUUGGCAUCAACACAGCCGUUUGGUCAACCGCAAGCUGUUCAUUCAUCUGGGCAGACCUCCUUCAGUCAAGCUCUGCCAUCACAACAGUUGUUUGGUCUGAGUGGUCAGUUGCCCAUUUCCCAGCAUCAGGUUCAGCUGAAUACCUCCUCUGCUGUAGCGCAACAAAUGCCUUUGAACAUACAUCCACAAUCUGUGUCUGCUGGGGCAAACCAACAACUACUGUCUGCCUCCAAUGUGCAGCAACAAAUGGUUCAACCUCAACAUCAGGCAUCAACUCAGUUAGCUCAGAUGUUUUCUCAACAGACUCAAGUGCCACAGGCGAGUUUUCAACCAUCACAGCAAGCAUUCUCUCAGCUGCAACAGCAGUUGCAUACAAUCCAACCUUCAAGUCAAAAUUUAACUCAGCUACAAGCUUCCCAGGCUACUAAACAACAGCCUUCAUGGACUGCAAUGAUGCCACAGACAGCUGCCAGUACUCCUGCAUCUGCAUCAGCAUCAGCUGCAGGUGCACCAUCAACUACAUCAACUUCUCCUUUGGUUCCUGCAAGUGGGCAGACAGCAGCACCGGUGACUUGUAACUGGACAGAGCAUACCUCACCUGAAGGAUACAAGUACUAUUAUAACAGUGUAACUGGUGAAAGUAAGUGGGAGAAGCCAGAAGAGCUCACCUUGUUCGAACAACAGCAACAACAACAGAAGCAGCUCAAGCCUUCUGUUCAACAGCUUCAUCCUCAGCCACAAAGUCAGUCACAUCCACAGGUUCUUUCUGCACAACCAGUUGUGCAAACACCACAGAUGCAACUCCAGACACAGUAUCAGGCUAUGAGUAUGGCUGGUCAACAAAAUGUUCAGGAACGUGGUUAUGCACAAUUGCAGGCAGUGCCUAGUUCAGUUAAUGAUCCUGCUCGCUUCCAACAGGGGCUUCAGGCGGCUCAGGAUUGGAUGUGGAAGAACAAACCUGCAGGAACUUGAAAGAGGAGAGGGUGAGAUCCGGGAUACAUGCUGGCCAACAGGAACAACCCGAAAUGCCGAUGGAGCUGUCUCGCAGCAUCAAGCUCACUCUGUGAUUUGAAGGAUGGAAGGGAAUAUGUGCGACGGGGACAGCAUUACUUUUCUCGAGUAUUUGCAAGGAAAAUUAUUCAUUAUUUUGUCUA